UUAUUUCCUUUUUAUUUUGUCCUGCAUUUUUAUGUAAGUGGAUAUUAAGUAUGCACGAUGUCAGUGCACUACAUGAAUGUAAUGUCGGCAGAGGCCAGAAGAGGGCGAGUAUUAGAUCCCGAGUGAAAGCGGGUUGUGAGCUGCUGGGAAUGGACCCCAGAGCAGCCAGAGUUCCAGACAGUUGAACCAUUUCUCCUGUUCAGGUUUUUUGAUUUGUUUGGUUACAGUGUUUCACUGUGUAACUCUGGCUGUCCUGAAUUAUGUAAACCUGCUAGUUUUGUGCCUAACUCUUAACACGCCUUUCUGUUCUGCCCAUCCUCAAUCUUAAAUCCGUAAUCCGCAUCAAAGUGGUUUUUCUCUUCAGACACACUAGAAGAGGGCAUCUGAUCCCAUUACACAUGGUUGUGAGCCACCAUGUAGUUGCUGGGAAUUGAACUCAGGAUCUCUGGAAGAGCAGUCAGUGCUCUUAGCCGCUGAGCCAUCUCCCCAGCCCCCUAAAGUGUUUUAAUUGUCAGCAUGGCGGCACACACCUUUAAUUUCAGUACCAGGGAGGCAGAAGCAGACAUGGGCGGAUCUCAGGGAGUUUCAAAUUAGCCAGGCUACAGAGUAAGGCCCUAUCAAAAAACAAACAAACAAAACCAGGUCGUUAGUAUACGUUAGUAUACUAUACUAUACUGCUCUGCACUAAACUGACAAGUUUUGAGAUUGUUUUGAGCAUCGCCAGGAAUUCGGAUUUAACUUGAGUCUGGAUCCCUAAAAUCCAGGGGAACUCCUCAGAAUGCCGAGGGUAUCGGUGUGAAGCCGAGUCUCUGUCCCGUCACCUCUGACACCUCCUAGGGAAGCUUAGAAGGUUUACGAAUAAACAGUUUACUCAAUUCACGCCUGGGUUAGGAGAAGCCGCUUAUCUUUCGACCUUCUCAAGAUGGCGGCUCUACAGUCCGCUCGAGCUACUCUAGCCACUUCCGAGAUGGCGGAUCCAAGCGGCCUACCUCAGGGCAGGCCCGAAAAAUCUCGCGUUAGGUGAGGCUAACGCGCCAGUUCUCGCGAGAGAGCGCUCAGGCCAGCUAGGCGUUGUGUGAUCAGCAGCUGGCGCGGAAGCUUCAGGUGGACAGUGAUCGUUGCGGAAGAUGUCGGACAGCGAAGACAGCAACUUCUCGGAGGAGGAGGACAGCGAGCGCAGCAGCGAGGCGGAGGAGGCCGAGGUAGAGGAAGACCGGCGAAGUGCCGCAGGCAGUGAAAAAGAAGAGGAGCCCGAGGAAGAGGAGGAGGAGGAAGAGGAGGAAUACGAUGAGGAGGAGGAGGAGGAGGAUGAUGACCGGCCUCCCAAGAAACCACGCCAUGGGGGCUUCAUUUUAGAUGAGGCUGAUGUCGAUGAUGAAUAUGAAGAUGAAGACCAGUGGGAAGAUGGAGCUGAAGAUAUCCUGGAGAAAGCCUCCAACAUUGAUAACGUUGUGCUGGAUGAAGACCGCUCUGGGGCUCGUCGUCUGCAAAAUCUCUGGAGGGACCAGAGAGAAGAAGAACUGGGCGAGUAUUACAUGAAGAAAUAUGCCAAGUCAUCUGUGGGAGAGACGGUAUAUGGAGGGUCUGAUGAGCUCUCAGAUGACAUCACCCAGCAGCAGCUGCUCCCAGGAGUCAAGGACCCCAACCUGUGGACGGUCAAGUGUAAGAUUGGGGAGGAACGGGCCACAGCAAUUUCCUUGAUGCGAAAAUUCAUCGCUUACCAGUUCACAGACACACCCCUGCAGAUUAAGUCAGUGGUUGCCCCGGAGCAUGUGAAGGGCUACAUCUAUGUGGAGGCCUACAAACAGACCCAUGUGAAGCAGGCCAUUGAGGGUGUGGGCAACCUGCGGCUUGGCUACUGGAACCAGCAGAUGGUGCCUAUUAAGGAGAUGACCGAUGUACUCAAGGUGGUGAAGGAGGUGGCCAACCUGAAGCCGAAGUCCUGGGUCCGCCUCAAGAGAGGCAUCUACAAAGAUGACAUCGCUCAGGUGGACUACGUCGAGCCCAGCCAGAACACCAUUUCCCUGAAGAUGAUCCCGCGCAUUGACUAUGACCGCAUCAAAGCCCGCAUGAGCUUGAAAGACUGGUUUGCCAAAAGGAAGAAGUUCAAGCGGCCUCCACAGAGGCUCUUUGAUGCUGAAAAGAUCAGGUCCUUGGGGGGUGAUGUUGCCUCUGAUGGUGACUUCCUCAUCUUUGAGGGUAACCGCUACAGCCGGAAGGGCUUCCUGUUCAAGAGUUUUGCCAUGUCUGCUGUGAUUACAGAAGGUGUAAAGCCCACCCUGUCAGAGCUGGAAAAGUUUGAGGAUCAGCCUGAGGGCAUCGACUUGGAGGUGGUGACUGAAAGCACAGGGAAGGAGCGAGAGCACAAUUUCCAGCCUGGUGACAAUGUGGAGGUGUGUGAGGGUGAGCUCAUCAACCUGCAGGGCAAGGUCCUCAGCGUGGAUGGCAACAAGAUCACCAUCAUGCCCAAACAUGAGGACCUCAAGGACAUGCUUGAGUUCCCAGCUCAGGAACUUCGGAAGUACUUCAAGAUGGGAGACCAUGUAAAAGUGAUUGCUGGCCGAUUUGAGGGUGACACAGGUCUCAUCGUGCGGGUGGAAGAGAACUUUGUUAUUCUUUUCUCAGACCUCACCAUGCACGAGUUGAAAGUGCUUCCCCGGGAUCUGCAGCUCUGCUCAGAGACAGCCUCAGGUGUGGAUGUUGGGGGCCAGCAUGAGUGGGGUGAGCUGGUGCAGUUGGAUCCCCGGACUGUAGGUGUCAUCGUGCGGCUGGAGCGAGAGACCUUCCAGGUUCUCAACAUGCAUGGGAAAGUGGUGACUGUAAGGCACCAGGCUGUGACGCAGAAAAAGGACAACCGCUUCGCUGUGGCUCUGGACUCAGAUCAGAACAACAUCCAUGUGAAGGACAUUGUUAAGGUCAUUGAUGGCCCCCAUUCAGGCCGAGAGGGUGAGAUCCGCCAUCUGUACCGCAGCUUUGCCUUCCUGCAUUGCAAGAAGCUGGUGGAGAAUGGCGGCAUGUUUGUCUGUAAGGCACGGCACCUGGUGUUGGCUGGGGGCUCAAAGCCCCGGGAUGUGACCAAUUUAACUGUUGGUGGCUUCACUCCUAUGAGCCCCCGGAUCAGCAGCCCUAUGCACCCCAGUGCUGAAGGUCAGCAUGGUGGUUUUGGAAGCCCAGGUGGCAUGAGCAGGGGUCGAGGGCGAAGAGACAAUGAGCUCAUAGGCCAGACUGUGCGUAUCUCCCAGGGACCCUACAAAGGCUACAUUGGUGUGGUGAAGGAUGCCACGGAGUCCACAGCCCGAGUAGAAUUGCACUCUACCUGCCAGACCAUCUCUGUGGACCGCCAGCGGCUCACCACAGUUGACUCCCAGCGUCCAGGUGGCAUGACUUCCACCUAUGGAAGGACUCCCAUGUAUGGCUCUCAGACUCCCAUGUAUGGCUCUGGCUCCCGAACACCCAUGUAUGGCUCCCAGACACCUCUGCAGGAUGGUAGCCGCACUCCACAUUAUGGCUCACAGACACCCCUGCAUGAUGGUAGCCGCACUCCUGCUCAGAGUGGGGCCUGGGAUCCCAACAACCCUAACACACCUUCCAGGGCUGAGGAGGAAUACGAAUAUGCCUUUGACGACGAACCCACCCCAUCCCCACAAGCAUAUGGGGGAACCCCGAAUCCCCAAACACCCGGCUACCCAGACCCAUCAUCCCCCCAGGUCAAUCCACAGUACAACCCGCAGACACCCGGGACGCCAGCCAUGUACAACACAGACCAGUUCUCCCCCUACGCUGCCCCCUCCCCACAGGGGUCUUACCAGCCCAGCCCCAGCCCCCAGAGCUACCACCAAGUGGCACCAAGUCCAGCGGGCUAUCAGAACACCCAUUCCCCAGCCAGCUACCACCCAACACCGUCACCCAUGGCCUAUCAGGCUAGUCCCAGCCCCAGCCCUGUUGGCUACAGUCCAAUGACCCCUGGAGCUCCUUCUCCUGGAGGCUACAAUCCCCACACACCAGGCUCAGGCAUUGAGCAGAACUCCAGUGACUGGGUGACCACUGAUAUCCAGGUGAAGGUUCGAGACACCUAUCUGGACACACAAAUAGUGGGGCAGACAGGCGUCAUCCGCAGUGUCACGGGAGGCAUGUGCUCCGUGUACCUGAAAGAUAGUGAGAAGGUGGUCAGUAUCUCCAGUGAGCAUCUGGAGCCCAUCACCCCCACCAAGAACAACAAGGUGAAAGUGAUUCUGGGUGAGGACCGAGAGGCUACCGGGGUCCUUCUGAGUAUUGAUGGUGAGGAUGGCAUCAUCCGAAUGGACCUGGAAGACCAGCAGAUCAAGAUUCUAAACCUCCGCUUCCUAGGGAAGCUCCUGGAGGCCUGAGGCCCAAGCGUGCGGAGCAAGCAGCCCGCUCUGGCCUUGCUUGGCCUAGGAUGGAACCCCGAGUCUGGGGCAAGCCAGGGCAAUCACUCUGGAUUUCCUUUUCCUCCUCCCCUGGUACUCUAGGAAUCAGAGCAGUCUGAGGAAUGUCCUGCCUUCUUUCUGCUGUCCCAGCUUGCCUUUGUGUUCAGGCCUUUCAAUAAAGAGAAACUGUUUGAAAAA